AUGGUGACAACAUUUCUUGAGUUUCUGCCGGAAUUCAUGUCGAUCGUGUUCGCCGUCAACAUUCCCUCGACUAAAGCGCGAAAGUAUGUUGACGCUGCGACCUUCUCCUGCAUGAUGAUCAACCUCACGUCGUAUUCGGUUGGACUGGGCCUUGCGUCUGUUUUAGACACACACUGUUCGCAAGCGUACGGGGCCAACGCUUUCGAGAAAAUCGGGAUAUAUUUCCAGACCGGAGUUCUUGCUCUCGGGACUCUUCUCGUACCUCUCUUCGUCAUUAACUGGCACACUGAGCAUUUUUCGCGAUACUUGCUUCCAGGAAUUCCAUUUCUUUACGUCUACGAGCUCGUGUGUAAAGUGCUGCAAGCGCAGAACAUUUUGUCUCCGCUGGUCGUUUGUGCAGCGCUGGGGAAUGGUGUCAAUAUCGCUGCGAGCUAUGGAUUGGCUUAUCGCACCUCGCUUGGUUUCCGUGGAAUUGCUAUCGGCUGCAGCCUGGGAAACAUGACUCUUGCGCUGCUUCUUGUCCCGUACUUUGCGUGGCAACCUCACCACCUGACUCAAUGGUGGACUCCUCCCAACUUUAAGGCUGCUACUCGGUGCAUCGGCGCGUUCUUGCGAUUUGGUGCCCCCGGGAUGCUGAUGCUUGCCGUGGAAAUGUGGGGAAUGGAAGCGCUUUCGUGUCGUUGCGUGGCUGCCCAUUCGGUGCUCGUUAAUGUCAACCUACUGGUGUACACAACGUUCGAAGGACUCUCAGUGGCUUCCACUGUUCGAAUCGGCAACUGUCUUGGUGCCGGCAAGGCCAGCUCGGCGAAGCUGGCGUGUGUUGCGGCGAUCAAAGUAACAAUCGCGCUGUCCUCGAUACUUGCAGUACUGCUUUAUGACUUUAGUGGAACGAUCCCGCGCCUGUUCCCCGACGAAGGCGCUAGCGCUGAUCUCGCCUCCACGAUACUGGCGAUUUGGUCUCCACUCACAGUGGUGGACGGCCUCAUUUGGGGCGUUUUUCGAGGAGCUGGGAAGCAGAAGUCGGCGGCUGUCACAAACACGUUGGCGUACUACGCCGCUGGCAUCCCCGUCGGCGCGUUCUUAGCGUUCCGGUGCGACUUUGGCGUCGAAGGACUUUGGAUUGGGACGGGAGUGGGUGAUGUCCUCGUGGUGAACACUUUGAUCGCUCUAAUGAUGUGGUGUUGGAGUUGGCAACAGCUCGCAGAAGAUGCUAAGGAGCUCACUGAGCUUUAA